AUGGGGCUACAAUCCUCGGUUGAAGAAUUUCUCUUCGAGUCUUCAGAGAGCUUGUCCUCGCACACUGAACAGUUUUUGGAUCCGGAGGUGGUGUCUGAUAUCUGCGAGCCGUGUGCAGAGAUGACUUCAGGAGGGAAGCAGAGAGGAAGCGACGCCAGCCCAGUCCUCGCAGACGCUCCCGCUCUCAAAAUGACAGCAACAAGUGACAAGUCCAGAUAUUCGGACGCGAGAGAUCUGGAGAGUGUGCACGAGUUUUACUGCUGCUGCAUCCCGUUCGUCCAAGAGAAACUUCAGAGCUUCCCCGUCAGAGUGCGAGAGGCCCUAAAAAAGAUCAAAAAUAACGAGGUAGCCCCGCAGGAGGCGAACCCUGACACCGGAGACGCUUCACCUCCUCACGACCCAACUCAGCAGAAGACUUUCACACAUGAUGAGGUGUUGCAGGAGUUGCUCGCGAGCUCGCUGCUGAUGUUGAGCUCGUGCUGCAUCCAGGCCAGGGUCACGUCCAGCGAGCCGUACAGAGAGACGGUUCUUCCUCUGGCCUCAACGAUCCUGGAGACGGUGGCCCUGAGAGCCAAUCAGCUGUUCGAGAGACAGCGAGAGGAGGAGGGUUCAGAAAAUGUCACCGUGACCCAGGAGCAAGUCGCCGCCUCAGCGCUGCUCGUCAGAAAAGAACUGCAGGACACGAUCAAGGAUUUCUUCGACAACCCCAAAAAGGAAGAGGAUGGAGAAGAUGGAGAGGCGGGAUUCUCUGGCUUCAUGUCCGUCAAGAGAGUCAAAGGAAGACAGGAAAGCAGCAAAGUCACCGGGUCAAAAGACGUGGAGGAAAUGGUGCAGUUUCUCCUGGACGAAGCGCAGGGCAAGAAAAAGGACAAAACGCCGGGACAUUCAGCGUCCCCUCGGUCUCAGUGCGGACAUGCGCCCACACGAGACUUGUGGCACAGGAUUAUCAAUUUCUUUGCCAUCCCAAAAGAGGCUUUGGACCGGCUGUCGGAUGACGAAGAAGAAGAAAGGAGGAAGAGCAGGGGAGAUCGUCGGAUCCUCUCACCAUCAGUGAGUCCGGAUCACAGGAGUCCAACAGCAACAUGCCGGAGGUGGUUCAGUCUCUCAUGAGGGAAGCCGAGGGCGGAGAAGGCGCUCUGAAGGGUCUGGAGCAUCUGAUCAGUCAAGACAAGCUGUUUCACUUCUCCAAGUCGCUGGCGGACAAACUCACGGACAUGUUCAACCAGCAGACGCACGGCAAGACUCCCUUUCUGCACGUGGGCAGGCUCGCCUGGUCCGACUCGGAGCUCUGCAAGCCGAGCAAAACUUUCCCCAUCACGGCCGUCUUUGAGCCCUCUGAG